UUCCAGGCUGUGUGAGUCUCCCAACUGCCUGUUCUUCCUUGCAGGGAUAAAGAAAGAGCCCAACAAGAAGUACACACCCCGUACUAUCAUGAUCGGAGGCAAGGCCGCGCCGGGCUAUCACAUGGCCAAACUCAUCAUCAGACUCAUCACUGCCAUUGGGGAGGUGGUGAACGAAGACCCCAUGGUGGGCGAUCGCCUGAAGGUCAUCUACCUCGAGAACUAUCGUGUGUCUCUGGCUGAGAAAGUGAUCCCGGCGUCGGACCUGUCGGAGCAGAUCUCCACGGCGGGCACGGAGGCGUCGGGCACGGGCAACAUGAAGUUCAUGCUGAACGGGGCGCUGACCAUCGGAACCAUGGACGGAGCUAACGUGGAGAUGGCGGAGGAGGCCGGCAUGGACAACUUCUUCAUCUUCGGCAUGAGGGUCAAGGAUGUGGAUGCCAUGGACGCGAAGGGCUACAACGCCCAGUCCUACUACGACCGUCUGCCGGAGCUGAAGCAGGCCAUGGACCAGAUCAGCGGCGGAUUCUUCUCACCCAACGACCGCGGCCUCUUCGGGGAGAUCGUCAACAUGCUGAUGCACAACGACAGGUUCAAGGUGUUUGCUGAUUACGAGGAUUAUAUCAAAUGCCAAGACCGUGUCAGUGCGCUCUACAUGAAUCCCAAGGAGUGGACCAAGAUGGUCAUCAAAAACAUCGCCACUUCCGGCAAGUUCUCCAGCGACAGGACCAUCGGGGAGUACGCCCGCCAGAUCUGGGGCGUGGAGCCCAGCAAGCACAAGAUCCCACCUCCCAGCGAGCCCCGCGAAUGAGGGAGCACCCACCUGCACCUUCCUCCUCACCCCCCUUCACCCCCCACCCCCAGGGUCAGGGUCAGGGCCGGGCGGGGCGAUCUCGGGGGGAGGCGAGGGGUCGCUGCCUCUCGGACUUCAACCCCAGCUUUUGUUCCCUCCGGAUCUUUAACGGUUGCAUGCGUUGACAGUGUCGAUCUUCGCCGCCUGCCAGCUGGAAAACCAGCCCCCGACCCCUCCACUCCAGCCCAGCGAGGGGGAACAACACAAUGUGCUCCAAUAUCACACCAGCUUAAAAAUGUCCUUCAUAUGCCCCCCCUUUCUCCCUAACUCCCCCUCUCCCCAGUCCCUCUCUCCCUAACUCUCCCCCUCUCCCCAGUCCCUCUCCCUAACUCACCAGUCCCCCUCUCCCCAGUCUCUCCCUCUCUCCCCAGUCUCUCUCCCCAGUCCCUCUCUCCCUAACUCUCCCCCUCUCCCCAGUCUCUCUCCCCAUCUUUCCCUCCCCGAUCUCUCUCCCAUCUCUCUCGGGAGACUAUCUCCUCAGUCCCUCUCCCUCUCUCUCUCCCGUCAACCUCUCUCCCCGUCACUCUUCCUCUAUCUCCCCACUCUGUCUCCCCAGUCUCUCUCUCCCUCUCUCUUCCAAUCUCUCCCCAUUCCUCUCUCUCCCUUCUCUCUCCUGUUUCUCCCCCCUCACUCUCCCCCUCCCACCCUCCCCCCAGCUUCUCUGCACCACCUCCCAACACUGAAGAGAUAUCCCACUGACAGUGAGCUGAGGACGGUGGGGAGGGGGUCAGUGAUUCUACCCCACCCUUCCCCGACACCUCUGUCCCCGUUUACGAAGCCAAGCUCUCGGUUCAUCAGUCGUCUCCGAGCGGGUCGCUGUAUUGGCCUUGAGGCCAAGCCCAAUUUGCUUUGUGCCCAACAUCUAUCUCCAUCCACUGCAGCUGGAGACCCAUUCAGGGCAAGCGGCGCUGGUUGCUAUGGGACGGCGGCCAUUUUGUCCCACAGUUGUGGCCAUCAAAAUGGCUGCCUUCCUCCCCCCCCCCCCUCCCGCUCACUCUCCCUCCUCCCCCAACCCACUGAUCUUGUUACGUCUUCCCUCGGGUGCAUUUAACGUGUGACUAAUUUAUUUUUAAGUGUAAAUAUUAACGGCAAACCGGUAUGGAACUUAGCCGCCGAGCCUGAGCGAUGAAGUUGGAUGGCGAUGGAUGGAGUUUACCCGAGGGGUCUCGACCUUGCAACCUCGCCCCCCGUCCCUCCCCCCCCCCCGUUAGCGGGUAGA